UGUCAGCUUGGGUCUGGUCUAAACUCACCGAUCUCAUUCUAUCAAUGGAACACUUCAAUGAAAUCCUUAUACCCUGAACUAUCACUGAUCCCGUUAAAGUCACCAACAGAGACUGAGCAAAGAAUAAAGGGAAUCAGAGAGAAACCAGACCCGCUGACCCCACCCAGAUCUUCCACCCACAUGAACACCACCCCUAGUGCUGCACACAGCACAGCCCGUUCUCCAUGGUGGGCGGGGGGGGGGGGGCAGUUAGACAUCCUAACGGAGGUGAGCCCCUUGGGAUGCAGGAAGGAAAUUGGUGGUGAUUCCCUGAGGGCUGGGAUCGGGAUGUGCUCCCCAUCUCAAAAAGCAGGCAUGACAUGAAUGGAGGCAGACUUCAACAGCAGCACCUACCUUGUCAGCUUCAGUCUGUUCUGGGAAGGCCAGGUCCCAUCUCUCCUGAUCAUCUACCCCAGUGAAGGAGUAUUCUGGAAGGCAAGGAGCCAAGGCUACGACAGGGUUAUUUUCAAUGGUAAAUUUGUUAAUAGAACUACUCAAGUCUUCAUUGCAUUUGGCCUGACCCCAAACUCACAUGAGCUGUGGGAGUACUUGUAUACCCAAGACCAAGAAGCCUUCUACUACCUGAAACCUCAGCACACACAUUGUGAGGCUCUCAGGGCCACCAGGAAUUGAGAAAUGUCUUAUCUUGCUGUGAAGGAAAAAAGCCUUUUUGUACACAGGUCCAAUGUGGCAGUUGAAAUGAUGAAAUCUCCUAAAGUCAUUGACAUCUCCCAGUGUAACAGUAAUGAAAAAUUAAAAGGAUAAUUGCAAGUCAGAAUGAAGACUCCUGUCCCUGGUGGUUAUACUUCAGAAGGAAGGUGGAUUACAUUUUGUAACCAGAUUCAGUUAAAUACAAUGGAGAUAAAUGGCUCUUUGAAAGGAAUAUUCAUUUAUCUCCUGGGAGACUCUACCUUGCAUCACUGGAUCGAACACUUAUCCAAACUUGUAAAAAAGUAUGUAUUUUUUCAUCUUCCUGGAACUGGAAUUUUUGAGAAGCAUUUAUUUUUGGGUGCAGAAAGACACAUUCAGAUUCAGUGGAAAAAAUAUAGGUACUCUUUUGUCACCCUUCAGCUCUACUCUGGGAUAGAUGAGGUUUAUAUUCCUCAGGAAACUGACAGGAUAUCAGAUGACAAAAGCACAGCCAUCGUCAUCACACGUGGCCAAUACUUCAGGCCCUUCCCCAUUGACAUUUUCAUUUGCAGGGCCAUGAAUGCCCGAGAAGCUAUUACACUACUAUUCCUAAGAAGCCCAGCCACUAAAGUGAUCUUUAAGACAGAAAACAGGAAGAUGCACAUACACACAGUCAGGUUUGGAAACUUCCGUGGUUACAUUCAAUAUUGUACCAAGGACAUUUUCAAAGAUCUCGGUGUGUAUGUCACUGAUGCCUGGGACAUGACUAUUACACAAGGCACUAAUAGUGUCUACCCACAUGACUAUGUAAUUAGAAAUCAGAUCAACAUGUUUUUAAACUCCAUUUGCUAAAGCAUAAAUAUACAAAACCUCUAGAACCAAUCUCUACAAAUAAUUCGAUUUGUAUUUCAAAGAAUCCAUCUGGACAGGGGAAGGACAUUUAAGAACAAACACAAACAAUGUAGGAUGCAAAGCCAAGAAAAUCAGACAUGAAGAAUGAUUAUA